UGACUCUGACAAACUCUGUAGAAAAAGUGGCCUACCUCACAGUAUUCCAUAUCAUCUUUAUAUUCUUCAUAUGGACGUAUUGGAAGUCUAUAUUUACUCCUCCACUGCAACCGGACAAAAAGUUCCACAUGUCGUAUGCCGACAAGGAACGCUAUGAGGAUGAAGAAAGGCCCGAGGGCCAGAGGCAGAUCCUCGCAGAGAUGGCCCGGAAGUUGCCAGUUUGUACAAGGACAGGGAAUGGCGCCAUUCGAUUCUGUGACAGAUGUCAGCUUAUCAAACCUGACCGAUGUCACCAUUGCUCAGUUUGCGCUGUGUGCGUGUUAAAAAUGGACCAUCACUGCCCAUGGGUGAACAACUGCAUCGGCUUUUCUAACUACAAGUUCUUCCUACUGUUUUUAGCCUAUUCUCUGUUGUACUGCAUGUUUAUUGCAACAACAGUCUUCAAAUAUUUCAUCAAAUUCUGGACAGUAAGUUGGGGGGCCUGGUGGCCGUUUACUUUCUGUAUGUCAUGGGAGUCUGAAAUCUUCUGGGGUGAAAACCAGCCCCAGGGGGAACACAAUUCAUUCCAAACAGAACAAAGUUGCAAUUGUGCAAGGGAUUACUACAGUCCUAAUCUUUCAAAACUGGUAUUGGUCCAGGGGGACGGACACUCCUUCCCCAUCCGAGCCCAGAGCGAAGCCCGGAACCCCCUGCUGGCAAACGAGGAGCAAUGGGAGGAAGACGGGAUGGAAGAUGGCAGCCAGCACAAUUACCAGCAAGGGACUUCCCUUUCCAUUGAAAUGGAGACAUAGCAGCUUUGAAGAGCUGAGGUUGUGCAACUCAUGAGCUCUGCUUCCUCUGGUGAUGGAGACUUCGGGGGCAUAAAAAGAAAAAAAAAAGCGCUUGGAUCAGAAAACGAAAAGCAACAUUGGAGGCUAAUUCUCGUUUUCCGAAAGGCUUCUUGAGCAGACUGUCCUUGGUGACACUUCCAAGGUUUGCUACACAUUACGGAUUUUUUUUAAAACAUGGCAUCUGAAGUGAUUCAUGACCUUCUCUUUUUGUAUGCCUUCCCCAGAAGAAGGGAAAACUGCUUAGUGCAAAAGCAUUUCCAAGUGCCUUAAGGGGCAUUUUGCUAGCAGCCUGGACUUCGUGUUGUCUCGUUUUGCCAAAUAGGAAGAAGAGCUGUGUAAAAGGGUUUAGACGGACGGUUAAGCAGACGACUGAAUGCAGGAAUCAUGGCUGCCAAACCAAGUGUUGCUGCUAGAGAACGAGGUGAAUACUCACUGCUUCUGUGGCCCUAGCAAACCUCCAACACCCUUGGGCCCUAAAUGUCCUCAUCAUUAACUCUGAUUUUGCUAGAAAAAAAUCCGGCUCUUUUGAGUUCGCCUUUUUGAUGUAAGCACAAUCCUCGUUGUAGGUGCCUACAAUUGUCUGAAAUUCAUUCCGAACAGCUUCAGCUCCGGGACUAGUUUCUGCUAUGAAAAAUAAUAAUUUUAAAUGGAAUUGCACAACAGUGACCCUGUAUCAGACUGUCCACGGAGGCUCAUGUGGCUAUGGGCAUCUUUAGACAGAGCCCGCCAGGGAAGGAAAGCCCGGCCCCUGGUUUUGCACGAAGGGGAGCCUUGCUUGGAGCCAGGCCAGCCUCACUUCAUGGACUUUUAAACCCUUUGCAUAAUCUGAUCAGGAAUAAGAUUGGUGUCUCUCUGUCAUUCCUUUGUUUCCAAAUACUAAAAGAAAAUCAUGGAUAGAGAAGUCCAAAAGGCUGGCCUUCCCCCUGCCCCUUUAGCUUGAGUGCUGGGUGACUUGAUCUCAAAUGUUGGUGUUGCAAGAAGAGGUUUUGAUCCAAGUGGAAUUCCCACCCUCCAAAAGAUUUUUUUUUCAUGCUUUUCAGUGACUAUACAGAAAUAGGUUCUUAUCUUCCCUCUUUAGAACUUUGGAGAAGAAAACAGCCGAGCACCAUAAUGGGAGGUCAUUGGAAGGAGGUUGUAGACGUCAACCCUUUUGCACAAUCAACAGGAUGGGGGGAUGGGCUGGUGGUGCAGCUUCAGGGGCUGGAGCUAAACUAACUUCUCCCAGUGCCAAGAUGGCAUCACCAAACCAGGCAACUGCAUCUCUCUGCUUAUGCUCUGUUUGGCCUCCCCACCCACACCCUGCAGCCACACAAGGAGAUGAAAGAGAAAGCAAUAGUUGAGCUCUCUCAAUAUAAGCCCAUUCCAGUACUGCCUGGCAUAGUACCCCCAUCCCACAGGGGCCAUAGUUUUUUUUAAGAAGGCUUUUUAAAAAUCCUGGAGUUGGAAAAGGCAGUCUACCAUGUUUAUAGUGGCUAAGAUGCCCUCAAAGUUUUGGCCAGGACCUCUGUGGCUUUGUUAGUGGUGCAUCUUUGGGGUUUUUGGACAUGCUCGUGCUAAGAAGUAACCCAAUUUCAUAGCUGGCUGGGCCUCCUUUGUGCAGCUGUACCCUUUGUUGAUUCUCUAGGUUAGACCUUCCAAGAUUCGCCCUCCAGAAUUGUCUAGGCUGUAAAAAAAAAACCUUAAUGCGCUAAUUUUUCUCAGUGUAGAAAGGUGCCAGUCAGAGAAACUGAAGCAGACACAAAUCUUAGGGCAAAUAUUGAAGCUUUACUAAUUUCAAUAGAAGUAGUUUAAACAUUUUUUUUCUGCUGAUUAUAUUAGUCCUUUGAAUGCUAUACAUUUUAAGCAAAAUAGACAUUUGCGUGGGUCCAUGUUUAACGCUGAUAGUUCAACUUCAUAACGGUGCUGUCAAUCAAUUGCAAUGUGUUUCCCUUUCUUAAAGGACUCUUUUCUUCUUCACAUCGAUCAGAGCAAUUAAACGCUAACAUUUAAUUAACAAAUUAACAAAUGCAUCUCCACUCUUACAUGUCAAAAAUAUAAUCUACUAAAACACUAGAACAUGUAUUUGGGGGGGACUAAGUUUUAAUGGUGUGUCUCCAACCUCAUGGAACUACGUGAGAAAAGCAUCUCAGCUGCUUCUAAACACUCCCAGGUCCACUCAGAAGAGGCGAAAAGCUUGUCUGGCUUUGUUCAUCUCUUACUAAAAGUGGGGUCCAGAAUUUGGGAAUCUAGCAAGCUGGGUAAAGUGUGCCUUGGAAAAUCUCCAAAACCAGGUCUGAUCAGCAGGAGUCUUUUGGGGUCUUGAAGGAAUGGCCUGGUCAACGGCCCUCCCAAUUUCAGGCACUUCUUCAUGCCCCGAAUUUCCAGCUGUUUUUAGACAUUCUUGAAUUAGGGACACCAACGGCAGAGGGAAAACCCUGGCACUUCUGGGCCUUGGCAUUAGUCCCAAAUAAACAAUUGGCUAGCAGCAGCUAUAGUUGUAGCCCAGUGUUGCUCAACCUUGCUGAUUUUUUUAGGUGGGUGGAUUUCAACUCCCAGAAGUUCCCUACUGAGUGUGCUGGCUAGGGUAUUCUGGAAAUGGAAGCCCACAAAUCUUAAAAGUCAGCAAGGUUGAGAAACACCAUUAUAAGCCUUUAUCAAGGCAAGGAACAGCUCAAGCACUCGUCUACUUAACAGCUGUGUCAAAAAACAGCCGCCAGGGAAGGUGGGUUCUUUAGCCACCUUGAACUUAAAUCAUUCCUGAUGAUUUCCAAAGCUUCCCUAACCUCAGCAGCCUAAUUUAAGGAUAAAAAUCUACUUGGUGUCCUUAAGGCUAAAUCAUUGGGAGUAAAACAAAAAAACAACCCUUUCUCCAGCUAUUAUAACUCACCCAAUCUGUUCUAUGCAGGGAAGCCCUGCAGGAAAAACUCCAGUAGCCCUGCAGACUUCUCCUAGCAGCCUCUCCCAGAGUCCACUCCAGCUGUGAGGCCUCUUCUCUGCCAGCUUCCUUGGGAGCGGGGCAGCUGUUGAGCUUGAAAAGGCACAAGUGGAAUACAUGCGAAUUAUAUUUCUCCUGUGUGCUGCUUGGGGAAUCCAAGCAUGGGUUAACUUUGUCCAUUAGCCUAGAGACUGAGCUAUGCAAAUGUUGACCACGCCUCCUCUGACUGGAUGGGUCAGUUUUUUAACUCAGUCCAGCCAAAAGAGACGUAUUUCCAUUUUCUCUAGACUAAUCGACAAAAUUUACUCUAAUUUACUGGAUUCUGAGAUCGUAGAGGCAGUUUCUUUGAUUAUUGCAGGACGGAAGACAAAGGCGACAGUUCGCUGUCAGCCAAAACCUUCGGCGUUGGCCAUUCGGCUGAGAUCAACGGCUAUGAGACUUACAGGAGCUUUCGAGUCCUUGUGCUGCAGCUGCUUAUUUUGAGCGUGGGAUUGGUUCGCCGCUUCCCCUUUAUUGCUGAUCGCGCACGCGCCCUAAGUCGUUUUGCCGCCCCGCACCGUCUUGCAUCGGGAACGGCCGACGUUGCGGCUUUAGCGACGCUGUUUUAUCACCGCUAUUUUGACGAGCGCGGUUUUGUCGUGCCAUGAGCUUCCCCAGCUUUAAUUCCAUCAGAGAUUUCUGAAGGCUUGAAGGCAGAGGACCGCAAGGCCGAGUCAGUCAUUCAUAAGACCCAUCAUGCUGCAGCCUUACGUGCUGCUACUGCAGCAUCCUUCUUUAAUAGGACCUCCUUGGUCUGGCUCAGGCAGUUGCAGAGUAGGCUUGCCCCUGAGGAAAUGCACCUUCACCAGGAUAUUACCAAGUUGAUGGCAGCCCUGGAAUUUUCUGUGGAUGCCAUUCUUAAUGCAGCAAAAUUUGCAUCUCGGGCCGUGGUAUCCAAUGUUGCGUCCCGACGUUUGCUAUGGCUUCGCCAUUGGCAAGCUGACGUUAAAUCUAAGUGGCGCUUUGCUUCCAUGCCCUUCAAGGGUGGGGCCUUAUUCGGAUCUGUCCUGCAUCCAAUUCUCAUUGAAACCAGGGAUAAAUGUAAGGUUUACUCCCUUACUCCCCAGUGAGCGCACCAACAGGAGACAACAACCUUAAAAUAGGUGCCAGUCCUUUCAGGCCGGAGAUUCAGGUUUCACUACCGCCCCUUAUGUUCCCCACUAUAACAGGGCCUUCUCCCAGCCACAGGACCGCGGCCAGGAUCGCACGGGAGCCAGGGAUAGGGGCUGCCAGAAGAACCAUGCACAAUCCCAGGCCAGAAGGCCAUUUCGUGGGGCUGGCAACCGGUCUUUUCGGAGGUACCAGUGACUCACAUGGGGAGGAACCCAUCGGCGGGCGUCUCCUGGUCUUCGCCCAUCAGUAGGCAGAGACCACGUCCGACACCUGGGCCCUUCAGGUUGUGAGGUUGGGCCUCACUCUAGAAUUUCUCUCCAUCCCCCCAAGACGAUUUAUCAAGUGUCCUGUACGCAGGUGCCCGGUGAAAAGGCGUCUCAUGGACACCUAAAUACAACACCUUAUCGCCAUCAAUGCCAUAGAGCAGGUGCCCAAGGGUCAGGAGGGGCUAGGUUUUUACUUCAUCUUAUUCCUAGUGACCAAGGGCUCAGGGGAAUGGCGGGCCAUCCUAGAUUUGAAAAGGCUCAAUCUGUACAUCAAGUAUCAAAAGUUCAAGAUGCAAUUCCUCAAAAGCAUCUUGGCAUCCAUCUGCCAGGGCAACAUGAUGACAUCAGUCGACUUCAAGGAGGCGUACCUCCACGUGCCCAUCCAUCCGGCACAUCGGAGGUUUCUACGCUUUCAUUUCGCUGGCCGGCACUUUCAAUACCGGGCCUUACCCUUAGGCCUGUCAUCGGCCCCUUGAACAUUUACCAAGCUCCUGGCUGUGGUAGUGGCGUCGCUGCGCUCGGUUCCAAUACGAGUGAAUUGUUACCUAGACGACAUCUUGGUUUUAUCUCCAUCCUGGAACCAGGCUCUACGGAUCUACAGGUAACAAUGGACUCACUAAAGAGAAACAGGUUUGUCCUGAACCUUCCCAAGAGUCAUCUACAGCCUACCGCGUCGUUGCUCCACCUGGGGACCAUCAUCAACUCCGUUACGUGUGAAGUGUCCCUAUCUUUGGAGAGGCGACAGAGCAUCCAGCACCUGGCGAAUCAGGUACUAUCUCAGAGACUCUUACCACUGGCAAUGCUUUCCCAACUACUUGGGAAAAUGAUUUCCUGUAUAAACAUUGUUCCCUGGGCCAGGUUCCAUGCACGACCACUUCCAUGGUUCCUGCUCCCCUUCCAGAGGGCACAUACCAGCCAUUCCCAGAUCAAAGUUCAGCUCCCGCCCAAGCCUUUCAGGUCCCUCUGGUGGUGGACAUCCUCCAAACUUCUCAAGGGGUGUCCAUUCAAGGAACUGGACUGCAUCCAAGUUACAACGGAUGCCAGUCUAUUCGGAUGGGGAGCCCAUGACCUGGACCGAGUCGCACAGGGCCGAUGGUUGAGUCAAGAGCUGAGAAACAGCAUCAAUUGGCUGGAGCUCCGUGCCAUCCACCUAGCUCUCCUGGAGUUCCAGGAUCUAGUGUCACACCACCACGUGCUGUUCCUGACCGACAAUGUGCCCUCCAAGACCCAUGUCAACCGCCAAGGGGGCACCCAUUCUAGGUCCCUGAUGCUGGAGGCGGAGAAACUACAUCACUGGGCGGAGAACAGACUGUUGUCAAUUCGGGCGGAGCACAUCUCGGGCGAUUCCAACACACAGGCGGACUGGCUGAGCAGGGCCACCAUGGAUCAAGCGGAGUGGCAACUCCACCCUGACCUCUUCCGGGAGCUCUCUCGUUGGUUCGGCCAACCUGAGGUGGACCUGUUUGCACAACCUCACAACGCACAACUACCGCGAUUUUACACCAGGUACCAGACUCCCGGGGUGGAGAGGGUGGAUGCUCUACACAGCCCAUGGCCGGCCGGCCAGCCUUCUUUACGCGUUCCCACCUCUCCCGAUCCUUCCGUCGGUCAUUCAAAAGAUCCUGAUGGAGCAGGCGGAAGUUCUGUUGAUGGCUCUGAUGUGGUCCCGGCGUCUCUGGUACGCAGACCUCGUACACCUGUCGAUCUCAUGUCCGUGGAGGAUUCCGGAUGACCAGAUCCAGCCAGGGAGCUCUCAUCCACCCGAACCUCACUUGCUGCAGUUAGCCGUGUGGCACGUGAGCGGGCUAUUCUAACCGGACUACACUACUCAAGUAAGGUCAUUGACGCUAUUCAAGUGGCCCGUCGUCCAUCUACUACUCAUAUAUACGAGGCCACCUGGCAGGCCUUCUGCAGGUGGUGCCACCACACCGGGGCCGACCCUCUCAAGGCUUCGGUGCCCCAAGUCUUGGAC